AUUGGUCAUCUUUAUAAUUAAUUGAGCAUCUAUUUAUUCAUUGAGGCCAUUUUGAAAAAUAAAUAUAAAUUAUAUGAAUAUGAAAAAUUAACAAUUUUGAUACACUUGUUUUAAUGAAAUUUAAAUCCAUGAAUUAAUCAUUUGUUUUCUGCUUGUGGAAAAAUUUCAAUGAAUUGUUAAAAUCAUGGGAAGUAACUUUCUUCGCCUCAAGUCGAAAUUUUUCACUUUGUACAUUCACAAUAAUAUUUUGCUGGCUAAACACUUUCUCAUAACCAGGUGUAUGAAGUGGGAGGACAUGAGCAGCAAAAACAAUGGUUUAAAAAAACCGCUUUACAAAACAUUUUAAUAACUUAUUUUUAUGAUUUUCCGUGCAAAUUUAUAAAAUAAGAAUUUUGCACGACGGCAAGUAAAACGAGCUUCAGUGGCUUCUGCUUGGAAAAAAAACGAGCUAAAGCUGCACAUUAUUUUUAACUACCAAAUAUUUUUCUGAAACCAUUUGGCAGGGUGUUGAUAAAGAAUUAUAAAUAAUGGUAUCUGUUCACUCACAGUUGAACAUGUACUGAUACAGAAAAAAAGAAUAGUUACGCAGAGUUCCUUCAAUCUAAUGAUAUUUCGUGUCCAUGUUAAGGUUAAAAUGUGUAUGUAAGUCUUAAGUCAGUUACUUCAAACUGAAAUAGUAAAAUAUUUAACGCAAUGUUUUAUCAAUAGGCCUACACACAACUUGCACACACCAUGCACACUGUUAUUGUCUGCUUGAUCAAUUCACUGAAUUCAUUUAAAAUUCAAAUAUUUAACAAUCGAGAUAUAUAAUUCUAAAGAUGUCUUUAUGCAUACCUGGUUAGCAGGAAGUAUUUAAAGGGUUUUAAAGCAGUUUAAUGUAAAGGUCCACGACAUUUUUAUACCGCGGUAGCCAUAGUGUGUCUGUGUAUACUUUUAAAAGAAUCCUUCGUUUCGAUUAUUGACAAUGAUUACAAGGAUUGAAUUUGUUUUGCUAUUAUACUUACCUGGAUUGAUAAUUUUUUCCAAAAGUGAAGAAUGUCCAAAUAAAUGUAAAGACUGCAUAUCGUGUUUGAACUCAACCAAGUGUCCUCUUAACACUACUACGUCAAAGAGUUCAUCUACAUCCGUUUGCAAUUGUCCAGUUACCAAGGCAGCAGAUUGCUCAAAAUGUCCAUCAACAAAAACAACACCAAAUAUAACACAAACAACAACAGAAGAAACAAUAACACCCCAAAUAACAACAACACAAAUAACACCAAUACAAAUAACAGCAACACCACAAUCAACAACACAAAUAACAACAACAGCAGCAGCGAUAACAACAACAACAAAAUCGUUAACUAGCUCAGAAUAUCCAGAACCAGAUGAACAGAAAAGCGGUUUAUGUUUAGGUAACCAAGCCUCCUCUCCGGGACCUAUCAUUGGUGCUGCAAUAGGAGGAACCAUCUUCGGAUCCAUCCUGACAGCCAUAAUUUUUGUUUAUAUCAAUCCGAGGUCUAAGAAUUCCUUCAAUUCAAAAGAUGAUCAAACAAGGACUGUGAGAAAUGCAGCAUAUGGAUACACCAAUGAUAGUGAUCAACUGAAUACAAUGACAGUUCCCGUAAACUCAGCAUACACCGAAAUAAACGACAGGAUGCGGAAAUCGGCAGCUAUAUAUCCCAUAAUGCGUCAAGCGGACUCUUCAAAAGUGGACGAGGUGUACAACCAUUUACAUGUAUCAGAAAAAGAGGAUAGGAGUGAUUAUUAUGAUCAUGCAGGACCGGUGCCAUUUUUGUCUGUAAUGGAGGACGGUUAUGGAGUACUGUCUAUUGAACGUGAAGGAAAUGAUAACUACAACACUGUGGAUAGGGACUACUCUACGGAUUGUGAGAAGUCAAUUUCUGUUGAAAAUAAGCAAAAUGAUGAUUAUUUUAUACUAGAGACACAAAAUAAUUAAACCUUCAUGACUAUUUUUGAAGAGGGAAAGGGACAAUGAGAAACAGAGUCUGGUAUAAUUAUACAUGUACAUGUAUGAUACUAAAGUUUUAUGAAUUCUUUUCUUUUCGUCCAUUCAUUAUUCAUAAUAAUAAUAUGUUAUACAUAUGUAUGGUAUUCAUGAUAUGAGACUCUGAUUGCAGUGCAGUAUUACUGUGAUGAAGU